CACAAAAUUACGAUUGUCAAAGCUUUAACCUAAACUUUCCUUGUUCUGUUCAAAGGGCAGCGAUUCUGCUUGACUGCAGUCAUAAUUUUAAUUUUCAAUUGACCCCUUCUAAACAAAUUCAACCCCGUGAUUCAAUUCUAUUCUAUUUUUUCCCGCAAUCCAAUCGAGAAUUUGUGCCGCCACUUCACAAAAAGGAAAAAAAUGAUCUCCAUUUUCGCUGGAAAGUAUUAGGAGCAUCGCCGCCUCUGUUCUGUCAUCUUCAGAUUUCGCUGGUUGUAAGCAUAAUGGCUUUGGAGUCGAACAAUGGCGGCGAAGUUGGAGCGGAUAACUCUCUCCAGUCCAUCUGUUACAAGCGGGGCUCCUUGCGGCUGCUCGAUCAGAGGAAACUCCCUUUGGAAACUGUCUACUUGGAUAUCAAGGAUGCAACAGAUGGAUGGCAAGCAAUAAGGGAUAUGGUAGUACGUGGGGCACCUGCCAUUGCCAUUGCAGCAGCCCUUGCUUUGGCAGCAGAAGUGUACAACUCGGACCCUUUUAAUGGGACGCCCAAUGAUGCAGCUUCAUUCAUUGCUGAGAAAUUGGACUACUUAGUCUCCAGUCGGCCAACUGCGGUUAAUCUUGGAGAUGCUGCUAUAAAACUUAAAGAAAUUGUAUCUGGGGCCGCUGCUAUUUCUUCUGAAGCCAAGAGUGUCUUCCAAGCAUAUAUAGAGGCUGCUGAAGCAAUGCUGGAAGAUGACGUUGCUUCAAACAAAGCCAUUGGGUCGUAUGGAGCAAAUUAUAUCUGUGAUCAACAAAAAUCAUUGCAGAAGUUUUCCGUUCUAACGCAUUGCAACACUGGCAGUCUAGCAACAGCUGGAUAUGGUACUGCCCUUGGUGUUAUUCGUGCACUUCACUCUGCCGGUGUGUUAGAAAGGGCAUACUGUACCGAAACGCGACCCUUUAAUCAAGGAUCUCGACUCACAGCCUAUGAGUUGGUCCAUGAAAAGAUACCUUCUACUCUGAUAGCCGAUUCUGCUGCUGCCGCCUUAAUGAAAUUUGGAAGAGUAAAUGCUGUUGUAGUUGGGGCAGAUCGAGUAGCUGCAAAUGGUGAUACUGCAAAUAAGAUUGGAACCUAUAGUCUUGCAUUGUGUGCAAUGCAUCACAAGAUUCCAUUCUUUGUGGCUGCACCAUUGACUUCCAUAGACUUAUACCUUUCGUCUGGAGAAGAAAUCGUUAUAGAGGAAAGGUCUCCCAAAGAGUUGUUGAACUCUCGCGGAGGUCUCGGUGAGCAAGUCGCGGCAUCUGGUAUCGCUGUCUGGAACCCUGCUUUUGAUGUUACUCCUGCUCAUCUGAUUUCUGGAAUCAUAACAGAAAAGGGAGUCAUCACGAAGGCAGUGGGUUCUGAAUCUUUCAACAUAAAGGAGUUCGUUCAAAAGACAGAGGGGGCUCGUGCAUAGAGAGGUAGCAUUCGUUGUUGGCAACGUGCUAUUCUGCAGGUACACUAGAAAUAAAAAUGAAUAUACCUAUCUUCAAAUUUGAGAUAAACUGCAUCAUAGGUGAGUUUUUGAGAAAUAAAUGUUCUUGUUCAUUGGAAUCAAUAUAUACGAUAUUGCAAUUGAUCAAAUCUCUGGCAAUUCAUGGCUCUCUUUCUGAAGGUCUAAUAACAAUGCAAUCGAUUAUACAACUUGCUGAUA